ACAAUCAAACCAUGUUGCUCAUAGAGCCGGUCCUUUAUUCGCUGCAUCCGCAUUGCUUCCUUGCAUGUUUAAACGUGAAUACGCUGGAAAGAGGGGAGCAACUGAGGACAUAACCUUACGAAGCGACUCUAAGAGCUGACUGAAGUGAAACCAUCCUUUCAAAAUGGAAUUUAAAUCCAAGACCAGGACUACAAAUGCUUUUUUUAACAUCUCCUAUGCAAAGUAGGCAACUUGCCCAAAAAUUACGCAUGGUUCAAGAGAAGCGGCACGGAGACACCGCACCCAGCCCCUGAAUCCAAACGAAGAAGGGCAAGUUCCAAUACAAGAUUACAUCAGAUUUGACCAGAGGUUCAUUUGACCUGACCAGAGGUUUAAGGCGCAGAAACAAAAAAGACUAAAGUAAGAAUUUCUUUUUGUCUCUCUUCCGACUAUUUGUUUAUUCUGCUUUGAAUAGAGAUAUCAAAUAUUUGGACAGUUUAGCAUGUGGCAGUUAAAUAGCCUACCGGUUCUGUCUCUUCUUCUUCAUCUUUUAUCAGAUUAAAAAAAAAAUGUCAACACCUGUAUGACUUUUUCUGCUAACAAACCGGUUGACAGGUAUCCGCCCUUCAAAGACAGAAAUACUUAGCUCCAAAACGCGCACAGCAAGUGUCAUUGCUCUAUAGCCGAGUACACAAAACAAGUGAAGUUAUCGUUUCCGUCCAGAGCGUCGAAGAGUCAUCGUUAAUCAAUGCAGCCAUGAAUGCAUCGCUUUUCCAGUGAACAGAAAGCGUUUGUGUUCAGGAACGAGAAAGCUUUGCCUGGAGACAGUGGCGCGGUAAGUUACUGCUGUGCGUCAUGAGAUAAUGCACACACCAUUUAUCCUAAUGGUGGAGACGCACUUCUCGUCCUGUCUGAUGGGAGAGUGAGUCAGACAUUACAGAUGCGAUCAGUUUAACUUAAUGAUACUACAUGACGGUCUCCACUUACACUCGGGCAGUGGAAAGUAAAAGGGAAAUUGGCCAAAGUCCAAACCAGUCCGACCGGAGCACUGUAUUUAAAUAAAGUAGCUACUAAACGUUCAUAGGAAGCAAUCCGACCGACGACAUACUGCCUGAGUGUUACUAGAAUUGAAGACGACACCCUGAUUGAUCUAAUUGAUAUCAAAUCCAGUCAGUUUUGAUGAAUAGCAGGUUGAAGUCUAACUAUUUACGACUGUUACUUUACGCACAGAUUAUGGGCUGUUUUAACUAGAGAAGUGGAUUUUAGCAUGCCUCACAUUAACCUGUACCGAACACUUUUGACCCUAUGUUGAGGAUAGUUUUAAAAGGACUCGUCUUACUAAAAGUGACUGUCUAUAAAGGCAGGCCACGACAGGUGGUUCAUGGAGGUACAUCACCAAGAGAUCAGAUAUAGAGAUAUCUUUCACAAACACAGGCCAUCAAGGAUCCUGGUGAUCAAGUACCUGCUGUGUUCAGGUUUCACACCAACUGGUCUGGACUUUGCUUGUUAAGUUGUAGAGACAUGUAUUAUAUAUUGGAGAAGUCUGUGGUAACAGAGAUCAGAGUUUACAUCACAGUGGUUUCAGACACUACAUAGGAAUGGGGAAGGGAAUUUCACAUGUAAGCAAAAGGGUUGUGGUAACAGCAUUGCCUUCUGUACAUUGUUUUUAUUUUAAUGUUUCCUGUGAAAACAGGUCAUUUUUUAUGUGUUUUGUAUAUGUGUGUCUUGUGUAUAUAUAUUUCCUGUCACAGCCACACUUUAGUGACAAGAUUAAAGCAGGAUAAGGAUUUUUGAUGAACUUUGAUAAUCAGAAACAAUAUUAACUGUUUUUUUUUUUUGCAGUUUGGGCAUCUAGAACAUUCACAGAGCUUCAUAUCUGUCAGGAAAGACUGUCAUAAACCAUAUCCAUUUUUUAAGUUAUAAAAAUACCGGCAGCAUUCACACUGAGUGAAAUUUAACAAUCUGUUGAAUUUUGUGAACAGAUUUGGUUGUUUGGAAGAAAAAAUAACCUCUUUCAAUCUUGUAAUAGUAACACUUCUGUGAAUUCAUGAGUGUUACUGCUUAGCCCUCACUUUUUACAGAAAAGUUUCCAAUCUAAGUAAAUGCAGAACUCUCUUAGAUAUAUUUAAUCUCUCAGACCUGAAAGAAUUUAUGCUGUAUUCAUUCUCAACAUUCUUAGCCCUAACCCCUAUCCUCACAGAUUGUGUUAUCAGUGCAUGUCAUGCCACCACUAAGAGUGACUGGAGGAUAAGCGGUAUGAACCGAGAAUGUGCCAAAGGUCUAGUGUGUAGAAGAUAGUUUAAACAGUUCCGUGGACUAAAAAACACUCAAGGUAACAUAGUUAGCUGUUUUCUUUCCCUUUUUUCUGUUUAUGUACCAGAUUGCUGUUUACCAGUGAAAUGGUGCUACUCAAGGUUUCACCCUGUUAAAUGGAAGUUUUGUUAGCAUUGUUGUUUAGUAUAACGUCAAAAUUGAACCAUUAUUUGAUCUCUCUGAAACAAAAGACUUGCCCUAUAUUUUUAUUUAAAAAAAAACAUUCUGUUUACAUAUUUAUCUUUUGUUUCAGAUGCGGGCCACCUGUAAGAAGUGUGUUUGGUUGAUUCUGGUUUUUGGGUUUCUGCUGGCCCUAGUUCACAUUUGGAGUCCUGGGAACAGCUCUAGGGUUGACAUUCGGCCAAAGGAAUGGAGUCCAAUAAAUACAAAUCUCAAUGGGAAACUACAGAAGGCUGUCAAUGACUUUCAAGACAUUCCUUACCAUAUAAAGGAGGAUGCGGCUUGGUAUGUUAUUAUUCUGGCUGCUUGUUAUUGUCUCUUAUUCUGCCUUCUAUCAAAUACCUGACUUUGUUCUACUUCCUGAUGCAGCCGUUUGGCUCGAAACACAUGUGUGUGUGUGGCUGAUAAGAAGACAGUUAACUUGCCCUUCUCAAACCUGCUGUGGCCUCAGGCAUGGGCUCACGACAUCAGUAUGGCUUUCUUAGAGUCCCAUCCUGACCCAAAGGGGGUGAAGCAGAGGAGAGCUAAGGAGUACCAGAGCUUUCAGAGGAGGUAAACUUCAGCCAAUGACACAAUAACACACCCAUGCUUAAUCAUCGGACUGCCACUGCCACUUUCCUGGUGUUGUGAAAAAUGGAGAGUUUGACUCAUUUCAGUCAUGCUUUUUUUAAUCAGGUGAUAGCUAUCUUUCAACCCUGAACACAGCAAUACAUUGAGAGGGAAGUCUAUUCAAAGGCUGAUAUGAACAUGCCUGGUGUGGUACACCUUCACUUGUUUGCCUUAGUGCUUUAUUUGCAUUGCAUCUUUGCAUGAACACUUUGUUGUGAGAGUAGUCAAUGCACUUUGCUGCCUUGGGGUAACUUUGACGUCAGCUUUGUGCUGUAAUAUGAUUUUGAUGGGGGAACCGGACUCAAGUGUCAGCUACAGGGUAAGAAACAUUAAAAUGGAGGAGAGAUCGUUUGAAGAAAGGUUGAUGUUGUCAGGCUGGAUUUUAUGUAGAAAUAUAAACUGACAGUGUGUAGAAAAACAGGUAGGACAGGAAAUGCUGUCGCUUUUGCUUAAGGAAGUCUGUGGAAACUGUGGAAGUUACCAUGGCAGUGACAUAAUAGCAUCAUUCACUUUUGUGUCAGGCACCUUGUUCUUCCACUGCAGCCGUACACUGUUCCUUUUUUUAUGCUGCUUUUUAUAGUUUAACAGUUUAGCACAUAUAUAAUGUAGUUUAACAAACAUGAGCUCAACAGACUGGCUGUUUAGAGCAGCCUUAGACUUUCUGAUUAUACACGAUGAAUGUAAUGUGAAUGUGCAAAUGUAAAGAGUAGUGUUAAAGCCCUUUGAGUGGUGAUAUAGACAAGAAAAGCCACGGUCCAUUUACUAUUAACCUGCUGUGUGAAUAUGAUCUGGUUCCUUAAAUUAAAUCAUCACUUAAGUGAAUUUAGGAAGUGAUUCCAUAAAAGGGGGGGUUGUGGCCACUUGGGUUUUACUUGCUAACAUUAUCAGCUCUGAUACUUGCUUUGAAAUUCUGAUUUAUCCUUUUUUUUCUGGAUGCUACCGUCAAUAAAGUUACAGUCUGGUAUGAUUUAUACUUUAAAUAAAGACAGCAAUUAUUUUUCCAGUCAUACAAGAUCUCUGUCAACCCUGAGCAAGCCGCCCUAAUGCUACAAAUAGUUUCAAUCAUCCAGACAAGCUGUUAGUGCUGUUGUUUGUGAAAUGAAAGUUUUGCUCUAAAGGGGGUCAUUUUACAAGGGAUCUUACACUACAAUUCUAUCAAUUCUUUGUGCUUUGAGAAUGAAGAGGCAGUUGAGGUAUUUGCAUUUUAUUGAAGUUGCCCCUGAUUUUUUAACUGUAUGUUCCUGGCUAAUAUAUUUUGUUCCUGUAGAUCCUAUGACCCUACAGAUGUGCUGGUUGUCGCUGAAGCUCAAAGUCCUCUUCAGUACCCAACACAGGGUGUGAAGGUGCGACCCCUCAAAACCAUCAUCAUUCCUGGUAACAGCAUAUCCAUCGUCACACCUUAAAUUUGAUCAGAAAUAAGCAUCUUUAACAUCAUAUUAUGAAUUUUUUUUAAGUCAGACAUUUAAAAUGCUUCAUCAUUAUCCCACAGUGCUGUGUUUGAUCAUUGUUUAUUUACCCUCAGGUCUUGGUCUGAAAGAAGAAAAACAGUCAAACCAUUCGGUAACUUUCAUUUUCUUUCUUGUUUGUUUUCAGUAGAGACCCAGUUUUUCGGUCUUCACCUCAAACGUUGUGGUUGAUUUUCUCUUCUUUUUUUUCAAAAACCAUGCUAAUGGUCCUACAGGUACAUUUGACAGCGACUCUGGGGACUUUUGAUGUAGCAGCGACAGUCGACAGGGUCUACGUGACGGGGGUGGGAGAGAAACAAAUGACCGUGUGGAGUCCUGUCCUCUCUGCUCUGAACAGACAGCUGCAGUUUGUCACAUACACAAACACCGUGUUUCACCCCAGGACAGCAGACACAAGUAAGAUGGUUUAAGGAAGUAUUUACAUAAACAGAGACAUGUUUACCCAAGAAAUAGAUCACAAUUGGAUUCAGUCUCAUAAUGUCCCUUAGAGCUACAGUCAGUGAGGCAGACGACUUACUCGUUCACCUUCAAUUUAAUCCUUUGUUGCACUUUAAUAUGAGAAAAACAUGAUAUCAUUAUAAAAUGUAAUUCAGUAUAGAAAGAAUGAGAACAAUGUCUGCCAGGAUGUGGUUGUAACAGGCCUGACUUUCAAAGCCCACCCACAGGAUUCUCAUAGCAAUAUUUGUCCAGCAACAAAGCCUCACAUUGUUGAAAUAUAAACUGGAUCGGCCAGUGACUGAAAGUAACGCUUGUAAGUUUGUUUCUUAUCCCUGUAGGUUCUAUUGUUUUAGAACAUAUUGAGCAGUAUAACUGAGGCAUAACAGGGCAACUUAAAAACAGCAACCUUUGAUUCAACCAUAUCGUUCAUAGAUAAACCAGACAAUCCAAAUACAGAUGUUACGAUAGCCUGUUUGGUACGGAUAAAGAGAAUAACAGGAAGCAGACCAGUAAUCACUUAAACACUGUGCAGGAAGUGAAUUUGGGAGGGUUUACCUCCUAUUCACUUAUUAAGAUUGAGUCUCCAUCACAAGUUGAGCUUUUAUUUAAUGCAUGAAAUGAAUUGAAUGCAAAUAAUUUAACACUUUGCAAUGGUUGAUGAAGCAACCGAAACUCACCAGCUCUUUUCAGGCCAAAAUGACUCUACAAUCAAUGAGUUUACAGCUAAAGAAAAAUUAGUUUAAAAAGUGUGCCAGAAGAGGAAGAAGGAAAAGAGGGAUAUGCACCUCCAGUUGCUCUGAGUUCUUAGCCAUUGACCCCCUUGACAAACUGAGUCACCAGAACUGAAAUCUCACUUACCAGCGGAGACUCACAGCUGCCAUGUCCUCCCACUUCCAGCUAAUCUUCAACACUAACAAAUGAGUCAGAUCAGGGGCAUGAGCAAACUGAGGGGUUGGUUAAUGUUAUCGUUUGGCUAGUUAUCAUGUAAUAGGAUGUGGGAAUGUAAACCGGGAAAAGAUAAAUAUAGGUAGUACAUCUUUUUGCUAUUCCUGAUUUAGUUUCUGAUAUCAUGACAUGUUCUUCUAUUGUUUUAAAGUCAGUUUGUCACAAUUACACAGAGUAGCAUUAAAAAUGAAACAAGGAGACAUCAUUGGAUUACUUUGAUUCACCAGCAUGUUCUGGUUGUUGAUUGGUUAUAGAUAACAGAGUCCUUCUUUGGAGCAUCACGUAAGCAAAUCACAAAUGAUCUAGAACCCUAGUUAUGAACUCCUAGUACCAAUAGCACAAUACUCAUAUUUAAUAAUUUAAUAAAGACAGUUCUUGUCCAUUCUUGCAUACUACAGCAACCCUAAUUUGAACAAGGACAAUAUCCAAAUUAACAUAAUUUUUACAUGCAUUGUAAGAGUAAAAGCCAUCAAUGGUUGGAUUAGAAAAUGGAUGACGCCAACCCUCCCAAACGCUGAAGCCAAGACAUUUAGAGCCUCCCUCGGUCAUUAUAGCAGCAUACAUGGGUCAAACUGAGAAGUUAAAAUGCAUCUAAAAUAUUUUCUUCUUGGAAACAUACUUUUCAUAUGAGAGUUCUUAGCUUGGCAGGUGUAUGCACAAGUGAUGAUGUAGCAUAAAGAUUAGUUUGAAUAGUAAACUCCAUCAGCAUUCACUACAUUCUUAGUGGAUUAAAUUUCAAUCAGCAAAACUUGUUUGUUUUGGCUUCAUUCGAUGUCAUAUGGAUGAGGGCUCCUCAUCCAUAUUAAGUAAAGUCAGUGAGUAAUAUUAGCACAAGUGUAGCCAGGAAAAAAAGUCUAUGGCACUGACAGCAACCAUACAGACACACUUAUCUAUGUAAAUCAGCCUGCUUCCAAUAACCCGAGCCUGAUUUCUUUGAAGUACUAAACAUUCAAAACAGCUUUGAACAUCAGGUGGCUUACAGAGGAGGUUAGGUUGAUAAAUAUAAGACACACUGCCAAAAGAAAAGCGCACAAGUUUCACCAACCCACACAUAACACUGGAUCAUUGAGUAUAGCCUUCAAUAAUGUUACAUGUGGACUUAAACUUACGCAGAUAACUGUCUGACUAUUUUUUGUCUUGCAUCUUUACACAAUAUUGGUGGAAAAAUAAGAAGGCUAUAAAAGCUAUCAUGUGACACAAGGUCACAUCUUAAUAAUAAUUUAUCUUGAUAAACUAGCAAACUUUGCAUUGUUUAUGAUACAGUUGACAUCUCCCAAGGUUGGGGUCACACUCAGGUCAGCAUCCAGUUGUACAUUGUUGGCAGCUCUUACACACCUGCGGCUACACCAGCGAAUAAAAGCACAGCUGAACUUUUACAAAGCCCCAAAAUCCACCUCCAUCAGAGCUGCUCUACAUUUUUGUAAAGUAAAAGAAACACCAGAGAAAUGAGGAGGAAGAGGAAGAUGGGGAAACAGAUGUAACAGUAAAAAGGGAGUGUUAGGAACCUCAGAUCCCCUGUGUGCCUCUAAACCAGAAGUCAAGUAAAAAUCUGUGUUGUAAUUCUAUCUGAUACCAUUCCUCAGACUGCAAACAUGUAACAAUGAGUUCAUAUUAUUGCUACUUCCUGACACUUUCCUAUAGGUUGAAUGUACCAGGAGACUAAAAUAAGGGUUUAUUUCUAUUUUGACGUUUGAAGUCCUGGAUGUUAGACAUUAACUUUUUAUCACUUGCUCCACUGAAGAGCUGAAACCAUCAACUCUGUUUUUCUUUUGUUGUUCAGUUCAGUUUGCAACUACAGGUCACUCCGCUUUCUUCACCAUCAAAGUUGGACAUGGAACAAUGCCAACACUUUACAACUUUGGAUCCCAAAAAGGUUUGUGAGCAUUCCUUUCACAGUGAGACUUUUAUUUUGAAAGAAGUGUUUACUGCACCAGAUUAGUUCCAUAGACUGUAAAUAGAAUGGACAGCGUCUGCUUCCUUGCUGGGUGAAGCCACUCCGAGAACAGCACCCUCUGUUGAUGGGUUGCAAUAUAGGUCAUAAAUCCCGCCUCCGCCAGCAAAGCUUAUGGGGCUGUGGACAAACUUUAGAAAUUUAUUACACAGAACAUAAAUUUUUCUCCCCCUUGCUUGCGGUGUUGACAUGUAGUUACAGUGAGACUGGUUUGUGCUCAAAUCCUCUUUUUUUCUGUGAUGCUCCAUUUUUAAAAGUUAUUAGGGGGUCUAUGUUUUCUUUAAAUAACACCUGAUACAACCUAUUGGCAUACAGGGAUUGUGUAGCUCACCCGGGGAUACGCUGUUUGAGCCGAGCGUCAUCACAGCAACUCUUGGCAACUCUCCGGCCGAAAGCACACAAUGCUACUGUGCAGUGCUGGUUUCAGGAAAUGAAGAAAUAUCCCGGAAAUACCGAGAGCUUUUUGGCUUCAAAUCUGUAUACAGGCGGGAGGCGGAACCAAGUUGUCCAUAGUAUAUACAGUCUAUGGUUAGUUCUUUGGAUAAUCAAACUUAGACAUUAUAUUCUUCUCUCACAGAAUACAACAUAAGUGCUCUUGUAACCAUCGCCACCAAGACCUUUCUGCGCUACGACAAACUCAACGAUCUCAUCAACAGCAUACGACAGUAUUAUCCCACUGUCACCAUAGUGAUAGCAGAUGAUAAUCAGCACCCCCAGCCAGUGACCGGGCCUUACAUCGAACACUACAUCAUGCCAUUUGGAAAGGUUAACAGGCUGACUUCUCUGUAAAAUAUAAUUUCUUUAUUCCUCUAAGCAGCAUAGCUCAGGGACAAAUCUCUCCUCUCACAGGGAUGGUUUGCAGGAAGGAAUCUGGCAGUGUCUCAAGUGACCACUAAGUACGUGCUCUGGGCCGACGAUGAUUUUAUCUUCACUGCAAACACCAAGCUGGAAAUGAUGGUGGACAUCCUGGAGAAGACCACUCUGGAUAUGGUGAGACACAGAAAGCUGAUUUAUGAUUUUUUUUUUUUUCAUUUAUAAUCUCUAGACCUCUGCUGACAAUGGAUACCAUUAUCCUGAUGUCCUUAACUUAGACUGGUGUGAUGAUGGUGCUACAAAAACUGGACUGUGAUUGAGAAAUAGAGGGUUGAGAAAACCUUGGACAACACUGGCCUUGCUGUCCAAGCACAUGUGUCAUAAUUGAAGGUUAUGUCUCAAGCAGGUAGCCAAGGUUGGAUUCCAGUCUCUCCAAGCAUGUCACCUCCUGCUCUUUCUCCUCAUUGUCUGCUUGAAAAUAAAAUGGCAAAAACAGACAGUAGUGGUAUGGCAGGCUGACAGUGAGGAUGUGUUAGUCAAGUGGAAAUAAGGAGAUAAGAACAGCUACUGACUACAGGAAAAUAUGAGUAAGCAUGGGUGAAAGAGAAAGUGCAACUCAUAGUAAAAGAAAAGAAAAGAAAAAUAAAUCAGCAUGUAGAAAACAGUCUUCCUGACUUUACUUGUGCUAGAGUUUCAUUUACAGCUGUGUAGACUGUAUCAGGGUCCUCACACACUUGUUUAAGGGACAGUGGGGCAGCACUCAAAUCCCACAAAUUCAUUUCGAUUAGUAAGGAGGUUAAAGAUUUUUGCACUUUUCCGUUUUGCUAAGAGUCCUUAGCUUCAGACAAUUACAUUCAGCAAAAGCCACACAUGCUGAAGCAAAUUAAGAUCAGGUAUUAAGCAUCUAACAUCAGCAGCUCCUAAAGGAGGACUAAAUAGUCCUCAGCAACCUUCUUUUUAUGUUUGAUCACUAGUUUACUGCUGCGUUUAUGGUAACUUUAGUGGAAUUAUACUAAGAAGAUAUCAGGGUGUCUAACCCCACCUCCCCCACCACCACCAUGGUAAAGGAAAAAAACUGUUUGACCUUUUGUGAGAUGAGCCUGGGGUGGUGGGGGAUCUUCAGCUUGAUGGUUACAGGCAGUAAAGAUGCGAAAUUGUUCAGUCUAGGUGUCAGUUAAGAGGUGGUUUGCAUACAACUGCUCACUUCCUGUUAGAACAGAAACCGUUUUCCUCUUGCAGUGACUGAAAAUGAUGAAAUAUCAAGAUACGGUGUGUUGUAAAGUGGCUGGUGACUUUUGUUUUAUUUUCACACCACCUGCAUGUUACAGUGGGAACUGCCCUCUGUGAGACUUACGCACAUAUUCUUGUGUGUAAAGGUGAAUUAUGUUACCAAACAUCUUCUAUAUCUUUCUGUCUUUAGGUAGGAGGUGCAGUUAGAGAGGUGACCGGUUACACUGCCACAUUUCGUCACACUAUGUCAGUCGAGGAAGGGGGAGAAGAGGGCGACUGUUUGCACAUCAGACAAGGCUACCAUCAUGUUAUUGAUGGUUUUCCAAACUGUGUGGUGGCUGAUGCAGUCAUUAACUUCUUCAUGGGAAGGACAGACAAGCUACAGCAGGUCGGCUUCAACCCCCGCCUGGCACGGCAGGGUCAUCUAGGUAAAGUGUAUCUGGAAUAUUGUCCAUCAAAUAAAUAAAACAACAGUUUGUAGUGGAUGUGAUACAAAAUUUAAGAUUGGGUUAUUCUAAACAUUUUUUUCUUCUUUUGACACUGCAGAGUUCUUCGUUGACGCUCUGGGCUCCCUCCACAUCGGCUCCUGUAGUGACAUCAUAGUGAGCCAUGCAUCAAAAAUCAAACUACCCUGGACUAAAUCAGACCAACAAAAGGCCUAUGAUAAAUUCCGCUACACACAAUCAAACUCUGACGACAAUCUUCAUAAUGAAAUCUACUACUUUAAGAACAGAUUCAAGUGCAUGACCAGCAACUGAAACCUGCAGUCUCUCAUAUCUGUUUGCUGCCUUAACCUGAGGAAGAUGAGGAAUACUGUUGUGAAAAUGAGCCAACAUUUUCAGGGAACUUGUAGACCCCAAAAGAAAGAAGGAUUUUUCUUUUUGAACGUUUUUUUUUACUGCCUCAGCACUACUUUUUAAAAUUUGUGUUAAUAGAUUUUGUUCUGUGAACAUUUUAUGACUUUUUUGUAUGGACUGGAGAGCCAAAUUAGAGACCUCCAUUCACAGUAUAAAUGCACCACAAGAUGUAUCCGGGAAGUUUUUCAUUUUGGCAUUUCCUCUAUUGCUGUCCAUAUGCACAGUGACUGUCAAAGUUAAAGGAAACAGAGUCUUUUCUUGUACACAGACAGAUGCUGCAGGAUGUUAUAGAGAUCACUGCUCCGAAAGCCUUUGUGUCUCACUUACAUUUCCUGAAAUUGUGAAUCAGUAACUCGCAAAGGAGACAAAAAUAGUUAGUGUGUCAAUAGCUGCACCGAAGUUUAUGAUCUAGUGGUCCAGUUGUGGUUAAUGUUUAGGCUGUGUUGUUGUAGUGUGAACAAAGUUGUAAUUGCACGGAUGUAGCAGCAGCAUUUCAAUUUAAAUGCAAUGGUUAACUUCGUGCAACAUUUGAUGUCAAGGUACAACAGCUGAUUUAGUUUCAAGGACUCUGAGUCAGCUCUUGUACUGUGCUUGGGAUCCAACCAUGCCUCUCCUCAGAAAUUUGAAUGUAUUUAUUCUGCUUUGGUCUGAUUUUUUCAAAUCAGGGGCAUGAGUGGAACAGAGAGCUGUUAAAUAUAGUCAAUAUUACACCCAAAACAUGAAAAAAGAAGAACUACCUGCUGAUACUCUAUAUGUGUAGUCUGUAGUGACAUCUCAUACUGUUGAAAUUAUUGCCUGUUUUAAUUUCCUUUAACUUAACUCUUAUUUUUGAAUAUAUGUAGGUUUUCAAAUGAUGCUUUAAAGCAUUCUACCCAUGUGUCCAUAACCUCAAUAUCUUCUUUUAAAUGACAUUCAACUCGGCCGCUAAACUAAAAAAAAAACAAAACUCAGUCAUGCAGAUUUGACAAGUUUGUCACUCAGGGAAUUGUUAUGGUUUUAAAAGCAUUUUUAAGUUAUUAGUGACAUAAAUGUAACUCAUGCAUUUGGCUCUAAACUGUCCAGCAUCAAAGCAGUGUUGUUGUGUCUCGCUGUGUGUAUUGCCUUAUAUGUUAAACUGUUGUACAGUGUUUUGAGUUAUCGAGCUUUUGGAAAGCUUCUCAUCAUUUGCACUUUAAGCAAUGGAGGUGCAUAAAUAUGUAAUAAAGCUUGACAUGUACUGCCUCA